UCACAGUCAUGGCCCUGUACGGACUGAUUUCUCUUGCUCAUAGCCUAUCAUAAUACAACUCAUAAAACUGACUAUGGCUUCAGAUACAUUUGAAGAACAGUUAUAUAAUGUGUCCAGCUACGCACUGAGUCAUGUCUGAAUGACUCUGUAAUAAUAUGGCCAUUUAGAUCUGUACAUUUGAGAGCAUCUCAAAUAAUAUUUUUACUUUCUAAGGGCUGAGUGAGCAUCACGAAGUCUGAAAUUUUGUCACUUUGCUGCACUUAACAAGGAACAGAGCCCCUCCCUUCCUCGAGGUAGGAUGACUGCUUUCCAGCAUCCCUCCCUGUGCCGCUUGGCAAAAGUUCUGGUUGGUCAGAAAGGAGAACCCCCUUUGCGGCGACUUGUAAAGCCCCGCGAACUACAUUACCCGGAAGAUGCUGCGCCGAGGUAAGCCAAGGACCACCAGGAUAAAUGCCUUUCCGGGAGAAUUCUUCACGUCAGGGCAGGACUUCCGGCCUCCUCUUUGUGGCGUCCAUUUUAACUGCCCUGGGUCUGUUCUGGCUACGGGGCACCGGGGUGACGGGACUGAAAAAGCGCGAGAGGAGGCGCUGUCUGCGCGCCAUAGAGGCGGGUCUGAGGUUCGGCGACACAGCCCGGACUGCCCCGCGUCAGGCCCGGGAGACGGACCGCUAUCCCCGCGUCCCACCUCCUCUCUCGCCGCUCCCGGCCCCGCUCCGCCCACGGACUGCUAUGGCGUCUGCGGCGGCGGCACUGAGGGACCCGCCUCAGGUUGGUGUGACCUUUGAGGAUAUUGCCCUGUACUUCUCCUGGGAGGAAUGGAAGCUCCUUGAUGAGGCUCAGAGACGCCUGUACCAUGAUGUGAUGCUGGAGAACUUUGCACUUAUAUCUUCACUGGGUUGCUGCUGUGGAGCAGAGGAUGCAGAAGCACCCUUUCAACAAAGCAUUUCUAUAAGCAUGUCACAGGCCAGGACUCACAGGGAAGGCUCAUUUUCCCAGAAGAGCCACCCCUGUAAGAAGUGUAGUCUGAUCUUGAGAGGUGUUUUUCACUUGGCUGAGCAUGAAGAAACACAACACAGCCAGAAAGUGUUCGGGUGUAGAAUAUGUAUGAAACGAUUUCAUUUUAGUGCAAACCUCCAGAAACACCAGAAACAGCAUAUGGCAGAGAAAUCCUUCAGAAACGCUGUAGUCAGGGCCUUGUUUGUGAAAAGCUGCAAAUGCCAUGUGUCAAGGAAGCCCUUUACCUGUGAGGAAGUAGGGAAAGAUUUUCUGGCCACCUUGGGACAUCUCCAGCAACAGAUCACUCACACCAGGGAGAAGCCAAACAAGAUUGCCCAGCGUGAGGCAACUUUACAAAGCAGAGAAAGUCAUUACAGCUGGGGAGAAUUCAAGAAAGCCUUCAGCCCGAAACAUGCACUUGUUCAGAACCAGGGUGUCCACCCUGGAAGACAUUGUUUUGUGUGCAGUGAAUGUGGGAAGACAUUCAGGUACAAAUCCUCAUUUGUUGUGCACCAGAGAGUGCAUACUGGAGAAAGACUUCGUGUGUGUCGUGAAUGUGGAAAAUCUUUCAGGCGAACCUCAACCCUCAAUCUGCAUCGAAGAAUUCAUACUGCAGCAAGGCAGUACAAGUGCAGCAAAUGUGGGAAAUCCUUUAACCAAAACUUUGUCCUUAUUUAUCCCUGGAGGAGACACAUUGGAGAAAAUUGUUACUUGUGCAGUGAAUGUGCGCAGUUUCCUAGCUGUAGAUCCAUCCUAAUUCGACAACGGACAUUUCACACUGGAGAAAGGCGUUAUGAGUGUACUCAAUGUGGGAUAUCUUUUAGACGAAAAUUUUACCUCAUCGUACACUGGAGGGUUCACACAGGAGAAAGGCCUUACGAUUGCAGUGAGUGUGGGAACUCUUUUACCAAUAGCUCGGUGCUCGUCCUACACCAGCGGGUACAUAAAGGGGAAAGGCCUUUUGCUUGCAGUGAAUGUGGGAAAUCUUUUACCAAUAGCUCGAUACUCAUUCUCCACCGGAGAGUUCACACAGGAAAAAGGCCUUAUGAGUGCAGUGAGUGUUGGAAAUCCUUUAGUCAUCAAUCUUACCUCACUCAACACUGGAAGGUUCAUAGUGGAAAAAGGCCUUAUGAAUGCAUUGAAUGUGGGAAAUCUUUUAUGUCUCGCCGUGGCCUCCAUUAUCAUCAGAGAGUUCACACUGGAUCAAGGCCUUAUGAAUGUAGUGAAUGUGGGAAGUCUUUUACCUCUCACUCUGGCCUUCGUUAUCAUCAGAGAGUUCACACAGGAGAAAGGCCUUAUGAGUGCAGUGAGUGUGGAAAAUGUUUUACCUCCAGCUCUGCCCUGUGUUAUCAUCAGAAGACUCAUGCUGGAGAUAGGCCUUAUGAGUGCACUGUAUGUGGGAAAUGUUUUUCCUCUGGUUCCACCCUCAGUAAUCAUCAGAGGGUUCACACUGGAGAAAGGCCUUAUGUAUGCAGUCAAUGUGGGAAAUCUUUUUUCUCUAGUUCCAACCUCAGUAAUCAUCAGAGAAUUCACACAGGAGAAAGGCCUUAUGUGUGCAGUGAAUGUGGGAAAUCCUUUAUCCAAAGGUGCUCCCUUCUUAAACACCAGAGAGUUCACACAGGAGAAAGGCCUUAUGUGUGCAGUGAAUGUGGGAAAUCCUUCACCCAAAGAUGUCACUUUCUUAUACACCAGAGAGUUCACACUGGAGAAAGGCCUUACAAGUGCAGUGAAUGUGGGAAAUCCUUUUCCACUAGUUACAACCUCAGUAAUCAUCAGAGAAUUCACACAGGAGAAAGGCCUUAUUUGUGCAGUGAAUGUGGGAAAUCGUUUAUCCAAAGAUCUUACCUUCUUAUACACCAGAGAGUUCACACAGGAGAAAGGCCUUAUAAGUGUAAUGAAUGUGGAAAAUCUUUUACCACUAGGAGGAACCUUCGUUAUCAUCAGGGAGUUCACACUGGAUAAAGGCCUUAUAAGUGCAGUGAAUGUGGGAAGUCUUAUAUCUAUAGUUCCAUCCUCCAGGAUCAUCAGAGAAUUCAUGUAAUCAAAAGGUCUUAUGGGGGCUUCCCUGGUGGCUCAGUGGUUAAGAAUCCGCCUGCCAAUGCAGGGGACAUGGGUUCAAACCCUGGUCUGGGAAGAUCCCACAUGCCGUGAAGCAACUAAGCCUGUGCAUCACAACUCUUGAGCCUGUGUCUAGAGCCCAGGAGCCACAACUACUGAAGCCCAGAUGCCUAGAGCCCGUGCUCCACAACGAAGAGUAGCCCCCACUCGCUCCAACUAGAGAAAGCCCACACCCAGCAACAAAGACCCAACUCAGCCGUAAAUUUAAAUAAAAGAAUAAUAAAUAAAUAUUUUUUAAAAGGUCUUAUGAAUGCACUGUAUAUGGAAAAUCGUUUAGAGCAAAUUCUUAUCUCACUGAAAACUGUAGAGUUCACAAUGCAGCAAAGCCUUUAUGCAUGCAGUGAAUGUGAUAAAUCUUUUUCAUCUAGGUCCAGACUGUGUUAUCAUCAGAGUGUUACGAUCAGAACAGGGUCAAGGCUUUAUGAGUGCAGUGAAUGUGAGAAAUCUUUUAUCCAAAGAUGUCACCUAAUACACCAGAGAGUUCACACAGGAGAAAGACUUUAUCAGUGUAGUGACUGUGAGAAAUCUUUUACUACUAGGUGUGGUCUAUGUGAUUAUCUGAGAGUUCACACUGGAGAAAAGCCUUAUGAGUGCAGUGAAUGUGGGAAAUCUUUUUCAUCUAGGUCUGGUUUCCAUUAACAUCAGAGUUCACACAGGAUCAAGGCCAAAUGAGUGUAGUGAAUGUGGGAAAUCUUUUAUUUGUAGUUCCAUUCUCCAUGAACAUCAGAGAAUUCACACUAACAAAAGGCCUUAUGAAUGCACUGAAAGUGGGGAGUCCUUUAGAGUAAAUUCUUAUCUCAUUGAACACUGUAGAGGUCAUACUGGAGAAAAGACUUAUAAAUGCAGUGAAUAUGGGAAGUCCUUUUCAUCUAGGUCGGCCUCCAUUAUCAUCAGAGAGUUCACACAAGAUUGAGGCCAUAUGAGGGUAGUGAACGUGGGAAAUCUUUUCCCCAGAGCUCUGCAGUCCUUCACCAUCAGUGUUCACAGAGGUGAAAGGCCUCAAGUGUCUGGUGAAUGUGGGUAAAUCCUUUACCUCUAGUUCCACCCUUUAUUCAUAUCAGAAAGUUCACAGGAAAAGCCCUAUUUGUGCCAAGAAUUUGGGAAAUCCUUUCCUAAAGAACUUUCUUGGGACUUCCCUGGUGGUGCAGUGGUUGAGAGUCCACCUGCCAUGCAGGGGACACGGGUUCAUACCCUGGUCAGGGAAGAUCCCACAUGCCAUGGAGAUGCUAGGCCCGUGAGCCAUGGCCACUGAGCUUAUGCGUCCGGAGCCUGUGCUCCGCAAUGGGAGAGGCCACAACAGUGAGAGGCCCGUGUACCGCAAAAAAAAAAAAAAAAAAAUUCCUCAUUAUACAUGGUAGAAUUUACACUGGAGAAAGGCCUUGAACAUGCAAAGAAAUGUGCAAUUUUCUAGUUCAGGGUAAUGACGUUGGAAGAAACUGAGGAGCCACCCAUCUGAAUUCAAUCUCAUAUGUCCAGUUGUCCACAGGGGGAGAUGCCCCUUAAGUUUCAGUUACAUGGGAAGCAUGUGUGGCUAUAUUGCACUUUGUAAUCUGUCCAGGGCUUUUCCCAGAUUUAUGUCACUGCCCAUUUCUGUGGCCAUUUUACCCCUAUCACCUGGCAGGUCCACACCAUGGGCAUCAGUCACCAGCCCAGUGUGCUCAGGGAAACUGACCUCUGUUCUUCCAAGUGUUGGAGCAAACCAGGAAUAGUAGCCCAGUCCGUUAGGGGUUGGUGUUCCCCUCUCUCUGACUACGUGUACAAAAGCCUGAAGGAAUGUUGGCCCCGAGAACGUCAUAUGAAUUCAGCUGACAAUGUGCAGAGAAGGACAACAUUUUCCAGGGACAUGUUCUCAAAUGCUCAGUUUUUCCGUCUAGGAAGUCACCAACCCAAACUGUGUGCCACACAUUGUUUUGGUUUGUAUAAUAUGAAUGCUUUACUGUUUAAGACCUACUUUGUUUUUGGAGUUCUUUGUACUGCUAGAGGUUUUUUAUAAGGAGAUUUGGGCUCCACAGGCAUUGGCCUCAGGGAGGAUAGUAUGAUGGCAAAAACUGGCUUGCCAUUUUUGGUCAAAUUUGCAUUAGUGCCGGUGAAGUUGUAGGAGAGAGGGCAGGGCUUUUUGGUCCUCAUUUGAAGCCUGGAUGCUGUGAGUUUUAGGAGACUCAGACAUCACCCUCAAGAGGAGUAAGAUGUGACAAUCUCAAGUUCUUGGAACAGCAUGAAUUUUUUCCCCUGUUCACAGGGGAUAUCACAAGAGAUGUCAGCACUGUUGAGAAGAAUCUCCUCCCUUGGUUUUGCAAAGAGCAUGUGUCCUGAUGUCCAAAAUUCCAUGAGUGACAGUCACUGGUUGUAAGACUAUAGGGGUCAGGUUUCUGAUACAGAAACUGGGUUAGUAGGGAGCAGAGGGUACAGCAGCCAGCUCAUUGGAAUAUGCCUCUUCUAAAAGUGCAUCCACGGAUGUCUUUGUGAUGAUGACCUAUGUGCAGGAUCAGCGUGUACACAAAUCUCAGAACCUUCAGGCAUGUUUAUCUUGUGUAGCUGAGGUCAUUGUCAGAGAAGACAAUUGGGAAGUUUUGUGGAUUUUUGUAACCUCCCUGCAAUGUUUGCCUCAAGGCCGUUGCUGCACAGGCAGAAAAAAGAAAAGUAGAGGAAAGUAGUCCAGGGAUGUGGCUCUUGUGAGCCAACCAACAUUCCUGUUGACUGAAGUGGAAAUAUCCUUUAUUACUCGCCAGUGUUUGCUGCCACUGAGGCAAGACUGACACCCAGAGGGCAUGACAAAAAGAUGGUGGAGUCAUUAUAGGGCUGUCAAAUCUAUCUUCCAAAAAAGUGGGGCAAACAGAUUUUGUUUAUCUUAAAGUGUUUUUUUUUAAAGUUUUAUUUAGGUGUCAUUUACAUGUAGUAAAGUACACAUAUUUAAAGUGAAGUAUUUGGUAAAUAUUGACAUACACAUGAUACCUGUGAAAACAUCAUCACUGUCAUGGUAAUGACCAUAUCUGUCACCAUGUAUUUGCCUGAUGUCCUUUUGCAGUCUCUGUGUCCCUGCCCUUUUCAGCCCUCCAAGCCCCCAUUGAUUUAUUUUCCAUUAUAAUAGAUACCUUUAUGUUUUCUAUAAUUUAUAUGAUGGAAUCCUUAAAUGUUUACUCUCUUUUUUCUGGUUUCUUUUAUAUUUUAUAAUUAUUUUGUUAUAUGAUGUUAUAUUUGUUAUACAGAUGUUAUGUAAGUAGUUCAUCCCUCCCUUUUAUGUUCUUUUGUGGUUCAGUACUCUUAUCUUUAGAUAUACUGCUAUUUAUCCAUUUACUUGUUUAUGUACAUUUUGGGUAUUUCCAGAGUUUGACUGUAGAAAAUAAACUGGUGCAAACAUUUGUGUACAGUUCUUAAUAUGGAUAUUUGUUUCAUUUAUCUUUUGUUCAAAAAAUUAGAUUGCAGUGUCUGAAUCAUGAGGUAGGUGAAUAUUUAGCUUUUGAAGAAACUAACAAAUUCUGACUAAAUAUUUGUGUUUUUUACAUUUUUACCAGCACUGUAUGAGGGUUCCAUUUUCUCCAUAUCCUAGCAAAUACUUAUUUGGUCAGUCGUUUUUAAUUUUAACCCUUUUAAUAAGUUUGUUACUCUGUCUCACUGUUGUUUUCAUUGUAUUUCCAUAAGAAUUCAUGAUUAGCAUUUUUUCGGAUGUUUGAUCCCUUUUGUCAUUUGCUCUCUUUUGUAAAAUAUCCAUUUUUAUCUUCUAUUUUAUGAACUUUGGCUAUAUUCUUUCUUUUUUUUUUUAACAAGUAGGACAUUGAAACAACAAAGAUGUGUAUUGGAGUGUCAUCCAUUUUCACUUGUUGAAUAAUGUGACUGUUUUAUGGAAGAAAUGCUUUCAGUACUGGAAGGGCAUGCCCUGAGUUUUUUCAGUUUUUUUGUUAUGCACGGUGUAAUGGACACAUGUUACCAUACACUUUUAAGAUUAAUUUGCCCUGGGAAUUCCCUGAUGGUCUAGUGGUUAGGACUCUGCUAGGGCCUGGAUUCAAUCCCUGGUCAGGGAACUAAGAUCCCACAACCACUCAGUGCAGCCAAGGGGAAAAGAAGAAAAAGAUUAAUCUACCCUAAUAUGUUGUCCAUCACUUUCUGAAGUCCAGACAGUGAAUAAUGACCUUGCUUUGUAGUGUUUGUCCAUUUUCCUGCUCCAUUAUGGGGGUUGGUAGGUUGGAGCAGGACUCUUAGAUAGACUAAAUGACAUCAGGAUGAACAGUACAUUCUUUGAGUCUCCAAAGCCCGAUAUGGAGGGAGCUAGGAGGGCAGGGAUCAGACUCUCCAAGCCUGGGUCAGGCAACCUGGGUUUGUAGCCCAGAUGUUGGAUUCACAUCCUGGAUCCUGUUGCCUUGACUCACAGAUAAAUGAGUCACUUACCGUCUCUCCUCCCCCAACCCUCUGUAAACAGGGAUAAGGAGCGUCUUGUCCCCUGGCCUUUAGAUGAGCUGCAGAGCCAAGGCUCCCAUUCCCCGUGAGGUGGGUAUGCCUGUGGUGACACACCAAGCCCAGCCACCCUGCGCUCCUCCUGACUAGCGGCCCGAGCUGAUGCCGUGGUGCCACCCUCAGGAGGCCAGUGCUGCAGGACACUGAGGCCUUGCGUGGGUUUCCCACCAGAGAAUCUUUAGGUGACUUGUUGGAACUCCUUCAGGUUCAGUUCCUGACGGAUGUACAGGCAGUGAUGGUAUUUAACUUGUUCUUUGUGAGGAGCAAUAAAAGGAAGAGACUGGCACUUCCCUGGAGGUCCAGUGGUUAAGACUCCGUGCUUCCACUGUAGGGCGCACGGGUUUGAUCCCUGGUCAGGGAACUAAGAUCCCACCUGCAGUGCGAUGCGGCCAAAAAAAAAUAGAGACCAAACAAAGAGGCAGACCACUCAAUAUAGGUAGGUGGCAGUUUUAAUGGGCAAGGGAACUUAUGAGGCUUGUCUUUGGUCUUGUCUUGGCUACAAGUUGUGUGGCUUUCCCCAUACACCCACCAAAUCUUUUUUUUAUUCUUCCUUUCCUUCCUUCCUCCCUUCCUUUUCUUUCAUGGAUGCUGUGCCAGGUCUUAGUUGUGGCAUGCGGGAUCUAGUUCCCUGACCAGGGAUCGAACCCGACCCCGUGCAUUGGGAACGCAGAGUCUUAGCCACUGGACCACCAGGGAAGUCCCCACCCACCAAAUCUUAAAAGUUAGUAUGGACGCCCUAACUGGAUUCAGCCACAUACACUGUCUAGAUAGUCUCAACACCACAUUUCU